AUCUCUCAUCUGGAAAGCAGAUUGGGUCAGUGGUCGAAAUACACUCGGCAUACGACUUUGCAAAUCUGCCUAAACGAUGCAUUCAAGGAGCUCCCAAGGUAACAAGCUCCUUCUUUUUUGUGUUCUGCUGAUUGUGCUCCUGUUGCUUGUCUCUAGCUUAGGAAGAAUAGACUUUUGAUGAACUUGACCAAUUUAUAUGCAGCUGGGGUACAUGUGAUGGGUCCCAGUAAAAAUAGGGCUCUUUCAAUGGAUCUCGAGUAUCUGACUAUAUUAAGGUUUUUCUCAUCCACAUCAGGGGGGCUCGGCACGAGAGGGGCUCCACGGAGAAUAUCGAUUGGAGUUCUACAAAAGCCGGAGAGAUGCACUCCCCGUAACACCUGAAGAGC